AUGUCCGCCUCCCCGUCGACGCUCAAGCUCUCGUCGCCAUUCGAUGCGCAUGUCCAUCUUCGACAAGGCGCGUUGAUGAAGCUCGUUGCUCCCCAUGUCGAGAGGGGUGGGGUCAAGUCGUGUUUCGUCAUGGUCAGUUCAUCUCCUUAGCUCUUGUUCAGGUUCGUGGGCUCAAUCGUCCCUCUUUUCCCUCUCCUGCAGCCCAACCUGAUCCCCCCCUUGACCGAACCUUCCCAAACGAUGGACUACCUAACCCAACUCCAAGCUCAAGCCCCCCGAACCCACUUCCUCAUGUCCCUCUACCUGACCCGUUCCCUAACCCCCUCCUUGAUCCGUGAAGCGCAUUCCAAAGGCAUCGUGGGUGUGAAAUCCUAUCCUCGUGGAGUGACCACCAAUUCCGAAGGUGGGGUCGGGAUGGAAGGGUAUUCGGUCUUUGAUGAGGUCUUUGCCGAGAUGGAGAGGUGUGACAUGGUGUUGAACUUGCAUGGCGAGGUGCCGAGUGAUGUGGAUGGUGAUGUGAGUAUUGGCUCGACUUCGGGUUCGUGGGCGUUGCGAAAAUUUCGGCGUCCGGAUCGACGCUGGGGAGCGGCACUAAGGAUUCAGCAGGGAUAGCCGGGCUGAUGGCAUCGUUCACAAUGUUCUUACAGGGAACUUGCGUCCUCAAUGCCGAGGAACGCUUCCUGCCCCACUUGCGCGAGAUCCACACCAAGUUCCCCAAGUUGCGCAUCGUGCUCGAACAUUGCACGACCGCCGCCGCUGUUGAAUGUGUGAGUAUCCUCAUAGCCCCUUGACAUAUGGGAGGGCGUACUGAUAGACUGUCGUCAAGGGUUGCUAAUUAACAUCUCUCCCCCACAGGUCAAGACGCUUCCCUCGAACGUCUGCGCGACGAUCACACCGCACCACCUCGCCCUCACCAUCGACCAAGCCGUAAGCUCCUCGCUGCACUUCUGCAAACCGCUCGCCAAAUACCCUUCCGAUCGAUCCGCGCUCCGAUCGGUCAUCGCUUCGGGCCAUCCUCAAUUCUUCCUCGGCAGUGAUUCGGCACCCCACCCAUCCGGCGCCAAAUUGCCAACGUUGAAAUACACCCGUACGAACCUGAACGGUGUCGAAGGCGAAGAGAUCGUGUUACCCAGUCCAUGCGCAGCCGGGAUUUACACACAAGCCGAUCUUAUCCCACUCAUCGCUACGAUCUUUGAAAGAUCUGAAAUCCCUUUGGACAAGUUGGAAGGCUACGUCUCGGAAUUCGGGAGGAGGUUUUACAAGAUCCCUGCUCGGAAGGGGGAGGAGGUCGAAUUGAGGAGGGUUCAAGAAGGGGGUGGGAAGGUCGAGAAGGCUUUUGGGUUCGAGGGGGAAAAGGGGAGGGAAUUCGUGGUGCCUUUUAUGGCUGGGGAAGAGUUGGGGUGGGAGCUGAUUGUUUGA